ACAUGCUCUCUCCUUGAUCAAAUGCAAAGAAAAGCCUAUAAAUUGUAAGUUUUGUCAUCUAUUUCUUCAUUGAUUCGUAAACCAUCUUCUAGCAGAUCUAAGAGGCUGUAGCCUGCAGAUAGAUUGAUUCAUGACCAUGAAGACCUUACUUCUACUCUUUGUUGCAUUCCUCCUGAUCUUAGCAACUCUGCAGACCAAUGCAGAAACUCAUGUACUGACAGUGCAGGCCGCCAAUUACCAUCGGCUCUCAAGGACUGAAUCCACCCCUGGUCGAAAGCUUAACGCUGGUGCUAGUCAUGACAGUGUCAACAGCGACGUCGUUGCCGCAAGCGCGGAGACUACAGCGGUCUCCAACAGUGAUACGGCCGAUACAGAUGAUCACGAGGCGAACCCAAGCUAUCGCGGAAACAUCAAUGGAACUAAUUCUCCUUCAUCCAGUAGUACUGAUACUCACCGUUAUUAUUCAGAUGAUCGCAAACCCCCAGAAGCUAAUUAUCGAACCAGGAGAAGGGAGCUAAAUAUUUGUGCAUAAAUAAAACAAAUAUGGGGUGGCUUAAUGCAAUAAAUUAAUUAUAUAAGCGGAACCGACGUGUUAGACGUAGCAGGCAUACAGCCAAAGCACAAGCAUGCAUGUCCAAGAUGAAGUACUUUCAGUUUCCUUUUAUGUAAUUUUGCGCAACGUACAGACUUCU